AUGGCCGCCCCCCAGAUUACGAUCGAAGAUAACCUCGAAAAGAUCAGGUCCGGUUCUACCUUGGACGAGCAAUCGGCAUGGCAGCGACCUGAUAUAGGCCCCAGCACCGGUAUUGCUGGUGGCAUCUACUAUGGCCGCAACCUAUCCCGCGUUGUCACCGAUCGCCGCAGCAUCUCGCGCUCUCGCACCCACGAAUCCAACGCGGAUGUUGAGGAGGGCGACGAUUGGCGUCGAGACGAUGGAAGGAAGAAGCAGGUCUUCGGCGGCAAGACGCUGCUCUGGCUAGCAUAUCAGUCUAUUGGUGUCAUUUAUGGCGACAUUGGAACAAGCCCUCUCUACGUGUACUCGUCGACAUUCUCGGCCCCUCCGGCGAAGCAUGACAUCAUCCAAGUGCUCUCGCUCAUUAUUUGGUCGCUUACGCUCAUGGUCACCGCCAAAUACAUCUUCAUCGUCCUUCGCGCCGACAACGAGGGCGAGGGUGGCACAUUCAGCUGUUACUCUCUCCUCACCAGAUACGCAAACAUCACCAACAGAGACCCUCGUGAGGAAGCCACGAUUCGGAUGGAGCGCCACGACACCCAGGAUGUCCGCCCUUCUACUCGCGGCGUCCGUACCGUUAUAGAGAACAGCAAGUUCACUCGUGGUUUCUUGAAAACCAUUGGCGUUUUGGCCGUCUCCAUGGUCAUAGCCGACGGCGUUCUCACCCCGGCCCAAUCGGUACUCGGUGCAAUCCAAGGCCUGGCGGUCGUCAAGCCCGAUAUCAACACAUCGACCAUCGUCGGCACCACCUGCGGCAUUCUCGUUCUGCUCUUCUUCAUCCAACCCCUAGGGACGACUAUGCUCGCCUCUUUUUUUGCGCCUAUCAUUAUCCUCUGGCUUGGCUUCAACGGCGCCUUUGGCGUUUAUAAUCUCGUCAAAUACGACUGGACCGUCCUCAAGGCCUUCAGCCCGUCCUUUGCCAUCCACUUCUUCGCUGAGCACAAGACUGAGGGAUGGAAGAUGCUGGGCGGCGUCCUGCUCGCCUUUACUGGUGUCGAGGCCCUCUUCGCCGAUCUGGGCGCAUUCAGCAUGCGCGCAGUGCAACUGAGCUGGCUCAUGUGGACAUACCCGUGCCUACUGCUUGCCUAUAGUGGACAGGCUGCCCACAUUGCCGUUAUGCCAGAGAAGUAUUCUAACCCCUUCUACAACACAGUUCCUCCCGGAAUGCUCUACCCGAGCUUGAUUCUUGCUAUCUUGGCCGCCAUUGUUGCUUCACAGGCCAUUAUUACAGCAACGUUCCAGCUGUCCAGCCAAAUCAUGAAGCUUUCGUAUUGUCCCCAAAUGAAUGUGGUCCACACCUCAGACAAGUUCCAUGGCCAGGUCUACGUUCCCUUCCUCAACUGGCUGCUCAUGCUCGGAACCAUCCUCGUCACAGCCGUGUACAACAACACUACCAGCUUGGGCCAUGCUUAUGGCGUAUGCGUCAUCUUUGUCACCUUCUUCGACACACUCAUGGUCACGCUGGUUGCGAUCCUCGUCUGGCGACUUCCGAUAUGGGUCGUGGUCUUUCCGGCCCUGUUCUUUGCCACCCUCGACGGUUUGUAUCUCACUUCGGCCCUCAACAAAGUGCCCGAUGGCGCGUGGUUCACGCUGCUCGUUUCGGCACUCAUGGCGGCCAUGUUCUUGCUGUGGAGGUUUGGCAAGGAGAACCAGUGGCGUGCUGAAGCCGAGGACCGUUUCAAGCCCAGCACUCUUGUUAUGAAGAACGACGAGGGCAAUUUGGCGCUGACGCGUCGUUUCGGGGGCGAUGUACUCGCUCCCGUCAAUGGCUUCGGUAUCUUCUUCGAUAAAACGGGCGUUCUUACGCCGAGCGUCUUCACCCAAUUUGCAUCCAAACUCACCGCUCUUCCCUGUAUCUCGGUAUUCUUUCACCUCCACCACGUCGAGACUCCAUCCGUUCCCGACGAAGAGCGCUACCACAUCUCCCGCUUUCCGAGCAUCCCCGGUUGCUACCGCCUCGUUGUUCGCCAAGGGUUCAUGGACGAGGUCGUCAGCCCGGAUUUGGGCGUGCUGAUCUACCAGGAGGUGCGCAAGUUCGUCGUGCGCCAGGCCGCUGCCAAGGCCGUGGCCGCGAGCGAGCCAGCGACCACCACGGCAUCGGAUUCCAUGGGAGAGACACAGGGGCCACCGGAGCUCAGGGAUGAGAGGGUCGCGGCGGAGCUGGCGAGGCUGGAUCGUGCGUAUGCCCAGAAGGUGCUGUAUGUUGUGGGAAAGGGGCAAAUGCGGAUCCGGAAGGGCACGAGUAUCCCGAGGAAGAUUGUGCUAGGGACGUUUCUUUGGUUCAGGGAUAAUACGCGCGCGAAGAUUGCGAACCUGAGGUUGGCGAUGGAGAGGGUUGUUGAGGUGGGCUAUGUGAAGGAGAUCUAGCCCAGUCCGAUUUCAGGCAGGUUGAGUAAGCUUCUUGGGAGAAGACAAAAGGACGGCCGGUAGGUCCCUGCUUGAUCAUUGUCUUGUCGUCUUUCACCCUUUGUAUAAUAUCCCCGCAGAUCCAGG